ACUGCAGAUUUGCUACUUCUGGUAAGCGAACUGCGCCCGCCGCCCCGCAUCGUGGCACCGUCUCCCCUGCUCCCCUCCCAUCCACACGCCGCCGCCGCCCACCGCACCGAACCCUAAACCCCAGGGACCCUUUCCCUCGGGCUCGGGCGGGACCCCAGGCCUCGCCGGAGCCGCCGCGGCCGCCUCCACCCCCGUCCCCUCUCCCCUUAGCGGGGGAGGGAGAAACUAGCUGCGGGCGCGGGCAGGAGCAGGGGGAGUCAAGAUGAGGAUCAUGAUCAAGGGCGGCGUGUGGAAGAACACGGAGGACGAGAUCCUCAAGGUCGCCGUCAUGAAGUACGGCAAGAACCAGUGGGCGCGCAUCUCGUCGCUGCUCGUCCGCAAGUCCGCCAAGCAGUGCAAGGCGCGCUGGUACGAGUGGCUCGACCCCUCCAUCAAGAAGACUGAGUGGACAAGGGAAGAGGAUGAGAAGCUACUUCAUCUUGCUAAACUCAUGCCUACUCAGUGGAGGACAAUUGCACCUAUUGUAGGUCGAACACCAUCUCAGUGCCUUGAGCGUUACGAAAAACUGCUUGAUGCUGCAUGUGCGAAGGAUGAAAAUUAUGAGCCUAAUGAUGACCCUAGGAAGCUGCGUCCUGGUGAGAUUGACCCAAACCCUGAGUCAAAACCUGCACGUCCUGAUCCUGUCGAUAUGGAUGAAGAUGAAAAAGAAAUGCUUUCUGAGGCAAGGGCUCGCUUAGCUAACACUAGGGGUAAAAAAGCCAAACGUAAGGCAAGAGAGAAACAACUUGAAGAGGCAAGGCGGCUUGCCUCACUACAAAAAAGGAGAGAAUUAAAGGCAGCCGGUAUUGAUACACGGCACAGAAAAAGAAAGAGAAAGGGGAUUGACUACAAUGCUGAGAUCCCUUUUGAAAAGCAACCACCUCCAGGUUUUUAUGAUACUGUGGGUGAAGACAGGCCCCUUGAACAUGUACAGUUUCCAACAACCAUUGAUGAGCUUGAAGGGAAGAGAAGAGCGGAUAUAGAGGCACAAUUAAGAAAGCAAGACAUUGCCAAGAACAAGAUUCUGCAGAGACAGGAUGCCCCUGCUGCUAUAAUGCAAGCGAAUAAGCUAAAUGACCCUGAAGCUGUCACAAGGAGGUCCAAACUGAUGCUUCCGCCUCCCCAAAUUUCUGAUCACGAGUUAGAGGAGAUAGCAAAGAUUGGUAAUGCUGGUGAUCCUGGUUUAACUGAGGAGCUUGGUGAAGGAAGUACUGCCACAAGAACUUUGCUUGCCAGCUAUUCUCAGACUCCAAAGCUUGGUAUGACACCAUUGCGAACUCCGCAGCGAACUCCGUCUGGGAAGGGUGAUGCAAUUAUGAUGGAGGCAGAAAAUCUCGCACGUCUUAGAGAAUCACAAACACCACUAUUAGGAGGUGACAACCCAGAUCUUCAUCCGUCAGAUUUCUCCGGUGUUACACCACGUAAGAAGGAGAUACAGACUCCAAAUCCAAUGGCUACGCCUUUGGCAAGCCCUGGUCCUGGUGUUACUCCAAGGAUUGGGAUGACACCCUCCAGAGAUGGACAUAACCUUGGUUUAACUCCAAAAGGAACUCCUUUCCGUGAUGAGCUUUGUAUUAAUGAGGCGGGGGAAAUGCAGGAUGAUACCAAACUUGAGCUUCGCAGGCAAGCUGAACUUAGAAGAAGCCUACGAUCUGGUUUUGCUUCUAUUCCACAGCCUAAGAAUGAGUACCAGAUAGUCAUGCCAUCUAUUACAGAGGACGAGAAGGAAGAAGCUGAAGAGAAAAUUGAAGAGGACAUGUCAGACAGGCUGGCACGAGAAAGGGCUGAGGAACAGGCUAGGCAGGAGGCAUUGCUCAGAAAGAGAUCCAAAGUGCUGCAGAGGAGUCUGCCUAGGCCACCUGCUGCUUCGGUAGAAAUUAUCCGGCAAUCUGUUAUUAGAAGUGGAGAAAGCAGAAGCAGAAGCUCUUUUGUACCUCCUACAUCACUUGAACAAGCUGAUGAACUGAUAAAUGAGGAGCUCCUUAGGCUUCUUGAGCAUGAUAAUGCAAAAUAUCCUCUUGAUGAAACAACUCAAAAAGAGAAAAAGAAAGGGAGCAAACGCCAGCAAAAUGGGGGAUCUCUUGUCCCUGAAAUUGAUGAUUUUGAAGAGGCUGAACUAAAAGAGGCUGGUUCUAUGGUUGAAGAGGAGAUUCAGUAUCUUCGAUUGGCCAUGGGUCAUGAAAAUGAAUCUUUUGAGGACUUUGUGAAAGCACAUGAUGCAUGCCAAGAGGAUCUUAUGUUUUUUCCUACUAAGAAUAGCUAUGGUUUAGCUAGUGUUUCUGGAAAUGCUGAUAAGAUUUCUGCCUUGCAAAACGAGUUUGAAAUUGUGAAGAAGCGAAUGGACGAUGAAGCUAAGAAGGCUUCUCGUCUUGAGCAGAAGAUAAAGCUUCUGACACAAGGAUACCAGGUACGGGCUGGAAAACUCUGGUCACAGGUCCAAGACACAUUCAAGCAGAUGAACACUGCAUCAACAGAAAUCGAAUGCUUCCAAGAGCUGCAGAAACAGGAACACCUUGCUGCUUCCUAUCGAAUCUUAAAUUUGACCAAAGAAGUGAAUAAACAGAAAGCACUAGAACGGAUUCUCCAAAGCCGCUACGGUGAUCUGUUGUCUGGUUUCCAGAGGAUCCAAGGACAGCUUGAGGAGCACAAGAGACAACUCAAGAUACAGGAGGCAAGAGAAGCAGAAAAUCGUGCUCAGGAGGAGGAAGUUGUGGCACGGGAUUGUGCUGCAGAGGAAGAAGAAAAGAAGAGUCGCAGCCUUGAAGAGGAAGGAGUUCAGACAAACAUUGCUACUGAUGGAGAAGCUGCAGGAAGCAAGGGUACCACUGAGGAUCAGAUGGAUGUGGACAACAGGAAUGUGGACGAGGAAUUUGUAGGCCCAAUACCUCCAGCACCAGACACUGAAGGGGAUAACGAUGAGGUCACAAUUCAAGAGAACACUUCUAAUGCCCAGAGUACUGACUGUGCCUCCACGGAUGAUGGGGCUGACAAGACCGAUCCAGCCAAACCAGAAGGUCAGGAUAAAGCUGAUGACAGUAUGGCUGUUGAUGCUGGCCCUCAGGAAGAGGGCAAGGAUGAACCUGCAACUGUUGGUGCCAGUGGAAAAGUGCAGGAGCCCUGGUCCAUGUCCGAGCAUAAGGCUCAGGGCAUUCAGGCAUCGGAUAACCUCCAGUUUUAUCCACUUCUUGGUUGUAUGCAAAUGCUCGCCCUUCCCUUUGGACCCUACCAAUCACAAAUAUCUCCUUUCUGAGUUGGCAUCAGGCCAAGAAAUAUCCUCCACGAGAUAUUUUGAGCUGGAAAAGGCGCUGACAUGUGUCGCUGACAGCGGGCCCAAAAGUGCACCGGGCGGAUCCAAGCCAUGUCUUUUUCUGAAGCACGUUUGGGCAGCACUGGACCAUAGGAGUGGUCAGUGGGAACGAGUGGGCCAUGUCGCUGUGUAACCGUUAACCCCAAAAUAGAUACGCUGAACAGGUAAACCCAGAGAUUUUGGCCGGGAGAUAUUCAGGGGCUUCGGUCUCUACAAUAUAAAAAAGGAGGCGUCACUAGU